AUGUUUCUACAACUGGCUGAUCGUUCCAUUAAAUAUCCAGUAGGUAUGCUAGAAAAUGUUCGUGUUCGUAUAGGACAAUUCUAUAUUCCUACCGACUUUGCGAUUAUGGAUAUAAAGGAGGAUUCCCACAUCCCUAUAAUCUUAGGAAGACCCUUUCUAGCCACAGCCGGAGCCAUCAUAGAUGUGAAAAAAGGAAGGGUAACAUUCAAAGUCGGAGAAGAAAAAGUUGAAUUUCUCUUAGCUAAAUUCCUACAAGCGCCAGCUAUAGACGAAUCAUGUUAUUUCUUAGACGUCAUCGACGAAUGCGUGAAAGAAAUGUAG